CGAAGGCGAUGUCCAGUGCGCUGUGUUGCGCGACGAAGAAGGGGGCUGCGUUUGGUCGUCGUCGUGAUGGUCGUUUCUACGCUGCUCGUGUGUACCCGGUGACUCGACGAUCGUGUGCGGCGUCACACGCACGUCCGUGUAGGACGUGAGCGUCGCGACCUGCAGCAAGUUACGCGGAACAUCCGUGUUUGUUCGCGUUGUGUGAUAUCCGUGUCGAAUCGUGUAUUACGUCGUGCCGAAUCCUUGACUAACGUCGUCGUCGUCGUCGUCAUCAUCAUCAUCGUCGUCGUCGUCGUCGUUGUCGUCGUCGUCGUCGUCGUCGUUGUCGUCGUCGUCGUCGUCGUCGUCGCGUCGUGUCGUCGCGACGUGCGUACGUGCGUGCGCGGGAGCGCCCGCGCGCGCUCUCGGCAUCGACGAAGUGAGACAUUGAAUGUACGUGCGAGAGAGAGAAACAGUGAGAUCGACGGAAAGGGCUGGUGGGAGGGCAGAGAGGAGGAGAACAGAGAAGGCGGGUAUAGGGCUCUAGCGUGCAAUGUGUUUGUGUUAGUGACUUGUGUAAAAUUUGCGAAGCGGUGGAAAAAGAGAAAUAGAUAGGAGAGAAAAAGAGCGAAAAACGUAAGACAGAGAGAGAUCGACAUAAAGAGCUCGAGAGAAGAAGAGAGAGACAGAGGAGCGGCGGCGGUGGCGCUUUUUUUCACUCGUCCGCUCUCGAGAGGGCGGACGAGAGUGGUAUCUUCGUCUCUCUUUCUCUCUCUCUCUGUCUCCCCGAGUGUGUGUUCGUGUCCCCUCUCGUCGCCGACGCGAGCGGCAGGUAGAGGAGGCGCGCGAAGGCACCGUUCGAGCGAGCGAGCGAGUGAGCGAACGGACAACAGCGAGAAGGUGAAGGAAGACGAAAGUGGCGAGAAAGGGAGAAGCGUCGGCGUCGAGACGCCCGGCGACCAACUACCUGCUAACGACGCCGGGCCGACUAAACGCGCGCGAUUUGUCACAUUACGUUUUGUCGCUUCCGCCGCUAUUUGUGAUUCGCACUUGCGGCGGAUAGCUGCCUGUGUGUGGGAGAAAUGGGAUGCGCGGCGAGUCGUUGUCGGCCCACCUAGCGAGUUAGUAUUUCUCGCCUGCCUGGCGCUCGUCGCGGCAGCGGCGGCGACGGUGGUGGCGUUGGCGGUGUCGGUGGCGGUGGCUGUGGCACUGGCGGUGGCCGUCGCGGUGGCGGUAGCGGUAGCGACGAGGCCCAACGGCGAGAAGCGGUCGGAAAAAUGGCGUCCGAUAACGAAGCCUCUUGCGCGAGUGACCCAAAUUUUGCGGUGAUCUGUUCGUUUCUCGGCUGCUUCGGCAAGUCCUGCGGCAUCGUUUACCCGGACAUUACGCGGCUCCAAGAGAUGCUCGAGAACACACUCGAAGUAUCACAAGAACUAAUAGACCUGCACGUCAAGUUAUUGCGUAAAACACGUAAAACUGUCUCAUCAGAAAAGUGGGAACGAGCACUGGUUAAGUUUUGCCACACCUACUCAAAUCAGGAUGGUUGGGAACUUGAACGCUUUGGCUACAAAAAAGCCCGUAUUGCUGUUAAACUGCGUCUACUUAAAGUACUAUUGGAAACACAAUUUGAUUUAAAUCAAAAGUUUAAGAACGAAGUAAACAAAUUGGCAGCCGACGAAUUGCGUGUGGAACCGUUAGGAAGGGACAAAAGUGGAUUGGCAUAUUGGUGUCAGCUGGAUGAAGAGUGCAACAUAAGAGUCUAUAGGGAAGAUUUAGAUGAAGAAAAUUGGGAGCUAGUAGCUAAGGAUCGAGAAGGUGUUGUUAAUCUUAUAAACACCUUGUCGAACGGCGAAGCCGAAGCUAUACCGAUCAACGAGGAUAGCAACAGCUUGGAAAUUUCUGAGAAACCUAUAAUAGACACCGGUCAAGUGACGACGUCUCCAAGUCUGGAGGACGAAGUUGUGCAAGAGAAUAACGCCCAUGUGAACGAGAUAAAUGAAAAGCAACUACCAAACGGUAGGAGCGAUGAAUUCGAAGACGAACAAGAACACGAGCAGAAUCAAGAUCAGGAUCAGAACGACAUAGGCAACGAAGCUGAAAAUGAUGAAGAGGAUAUUGACGCGGACGAGGAUGUGACGAAUGAUGAAAAUUCCAAGCAAAUCACGGAGGAAGACGAUUCUCAAGAAAUGGUACAAACUCCGAGCACAGAAUCAAGGUGUACAGACAAUUUGAAAACGACGAAUCUAAAGGUGGAUACAACAACCGUGGAAGAUACGAACCACAGAGAGGCUACCGAUGAAGCAUCUGCCGUUUCUUUAGCGCCAGAGACCAAGUCCGCAGUGACGCAUAAGCCAACUGUGCUCACGAUAACGAGUGUCACUAAAAGCGAACUCGAAGAAUCGGCACCGUUGAAGUCAAUAGAAACACCUGUUAUCACAUCUCCGUUGAAACUGGUCAAUAUCGCCGAAUUGAAACAGGCGCCAGAAGAAAAGUUAGCAAGUCCAACUAUGCCUAUUGCUGCAGUAUUAAACACGAUGAAGAAACUCAGCGCCGCUGACGAGAUCCCGGCGGAUCCCGUCGUGAAGACGCAUGAAAAACUACCUGGCAAAAAUAGUCUACCAUUUUCGACCGCUGAUUCUAUUCCCGUGGGGCACAGCAAAUUGUCGAUCAAACCGAUAGAUCAACUGGCCGCGAAUCUCUCGAGAAUACAGUCUGAAAAGCUCGAGAAACCGAGUGGACCGAAAUCAUUGGAAAAAAUUGCGGAAUCUCUGGCAAGAUCGUCCGGCGGUAUGCUGGGGAAUGUCGUGAACGGAAGUGAAGACGACAGGUUGCCACAAGACUUCUGCGCGAGGAAUCAGUCUGAGAAAUCGGCGAUGCUCCGAGGGCAUAGAGGCAUAGAUCUAUCUACGUCGCCGCGAGGCUGGGAGAACGCAAACGAACAAAAUCGACCGAUGGACUUCUCCGGAAUCGAUCUUUCUAGUCGAAAAUUGGCCAAAAUGGUGGAUCUGCCCUCCCCUGGAUACAGAACACCAGAUUUCCAGCACAGAGAGAUGGAUCUGAGCACGAAAAAGUCGAGCAAACCACCAGAGGUCUCCAAUUUGCCGUACGACGCGCGGAGCGUGAUGCGGAAACAGGCGAUGUUAGCCGAUCUGAGUAAGAGGCCUCCAUUCUCCACAUACGAGAUGCCUUCGACACCGUAUCACAAUGCAGUUAGAUUACCUAAGGAUGAGCAUAGAUUGCCGAGCUACACGUUACUUCCCGAUCCCAGCAAAAUCACGGCUCUGAGAAUGAAUACUGCGUCGCUGAAGCGUCCAUUGGAAGGUGACGACGCGCAACAAGACAUCUUGAAGAGGAUAAGGGCCGAUGUAAAUCCGAUCAGAAGCUCCAUGGACAAGAGAUCGAUGAUGAGCAACAGCUGGAGAGAGGAGGUAGGCGAAGCCAUCGAGGAACCGAUGAUGAUGGUUCAGGGUGAGGGAUCUGGCAGCGACUGCGACGCGGUGAAUCCCAUUGUUGGUGAGGCUAUCGAAGAACCGACGAGUUUUUUUCACGGCGAGGGUUCCGGCGCUGAAUGCGACACAGGCAACCCCAGCGACGACGCGUCCACUGACAAUAAAGAAAGCAACGAAUCAAAAAAUGAACCUGACUCGGCCAGUGCGACGCUGUCGCAGAAUAAGGUUUUAACCGAGGAUGAAGUAUCCGCGGACUCGAUAAUGUCGAAUAAAACCCCUGUAAAAUUAAAUAGAAACUAUCCGCAGUCUAAUGUAAGCGUAAACGAUAAUUGUCAAAUUGUAGAUUCUAUGCAAGAGAAGCCAAAGUUCAAGCCGACAUUAGGCGUUCAGAUAAUACCGAAGAGUACAACUGGCCCCGUCAAAAGGUCGUCCAGGUGGGACGUGGGUAAACCGGAAGAGAAAGCGGAAUGUGACAGUAGUAUCAUAUCAAACGAAGGAGACAUAUCACUGAAAGAAAGUACGAACGAUCGUGACGAACGCGACGACGCGGAGCAGAGGCUUUUUACCAUAGAUGCGGAAACGUCCAAAGAUUCUGCUGAUCCACAUCGAGACGCGGAGGUAGAUGGGAACUCCGCGAUUACGAAGAGCGAAACGAUCGAGGAUAGUGCUAAGUCGCAAAUGGCUGACGUAAGUUCAGAGAACACGAGUACAAUAGAACAGGAGACGGAUUUAAAGGUUCAAGAACCUACGCAGUGCGAUUCCUCUGUAUCGUCAUGUCAGGCGGACACCUCGCAGAGAUUCGAGUCGUGUACAAAUUCCGAAGCUAUAGUACAUUCGGCCAAUGUGCAAAAUACUUUCGAUCCGUUUAACGUAGCUUCGCACGGAUUGAACACUUCCGAAGUAAUGGAUAAUGAAUGCAAACCAGCAGCCGCGUCCCCACCGAGAUUUUUUUUUGGUCCCAAUUGUAUCUCGUAUACCUCCAAGUCCGAUGAGUUAGGACCGCAGUCGGAGCAAAGUGUGACUACAUCUGCGUACUCUAAAGCCGAUACUGUACAGUAUGAGUGUGUAUCGUCCUCAAAAUCGGUGGAUGACACAUCGUAUCUGUACAAUAAAACAGAAGACUUCGACUUGACGCGAACGAAUAAUAAUUCUUUAAAAACAAAUCCGUUCACUGCGGAACCUGACGAUGUCCCAAGUGGAAAUAGCAGCAAGAAUGUGGGGAAAACUGAAGAACCGAAUAACCACCCAUGGGAUCAACAGACAUCUACGGCGCUCGGGAGCUCGAAAGACCCGAGUGAUGUGCUCGAAGAUAACGUCGCUAAUUCAUCUAGCGAAACGCAAGCUCAAACGACAGCGAGUAUAAAAUUGAGUGUGCAAGAGUCUGUUUGCAGCAGUAAAGAAGUGGAAGAGGGUGACAACUCAAAAUUGACUACGAGCUCUAUAUCAGAGAUAUCUGGAAGCGAUGGUACAAAUGAAGUAAAUACGACUGCAGAAGAACCGGUUAAAAUUAUUUCGGCUAGCGAGCGCAGUGCGGAUCAAUCAGUGGAAAGCGGAAUCGUCGAGCCAUCGCAAUGCGACCAAUUUACUGAUUCUGGAAAAUCCGCAGACAUGGAAAGUCAAGAGAGCUCGAUUGAGAGGUCGGAUGAUGUUACGUCGCAGCUGUCGGAAGAGGGGGAAAAGAGCGACAAGGUAGCAGCCGAUUAUUCUAAGAAUGAGGACGAUUAUCAAUCAUCUACUAUCGGUAUAUUCAAGGAUCAAGAGAAAACAGAGUCCGUAACUACGGCACAUUCGUCUUUAUCGUCCCUCACUCAAAAUUCGCAAACCGAACUGGCCGAUCUUCGAGAGUUCGAGGACGGAAACAACUCGAACGAAUUGUUGGAUUCCACCAAUUCGACGAGAUGCGCGAAUUAUCAAGAAACGAGUAGACCGAUGGACGAUAGAACCGAGAAAUAUCAGACGCUUCAAAAGAACGAUCUGGAUUCGGCCGGGGAGAGCUGUGAUAAGCAGAGUGAUAGGAACGACAAUUUCUCCGAGAUCGACGGUCAAGAAGAUCACUCCACCGAUACGGACAACGAGAAAAUGAAGGGUCUGACCGGUUCCGAUGCUGACUCGAUGUGCGUCAACUACGACAGGAGCAGUGAGAGAACUGACGCAUUGUCAGACAUGGGGAUGCAAGACGAUGGAUCAGGCGACUCCGAAGAAGCCAAGGAGAAGGCACUGAACGAUGUACAAGUUAACGAUACAACGUUUAGUAUGGAAUCCGAGGCGCAUGUGCCUGAAAGUUCUCUAGUGAGUAGUUCAGAGCCGGCACCGGAAAACGAUAAGCUUGAUUUAGUUCCUACCAUAAGCAGUUCGGACGACGCCUGCGUACAGGAUUCUUCGUCUCAAGAGAGUGAACCUACACGGAUAGCCGACGAAAAGGUCGAGGACACAUUGGAUGUCGCCAAUAAGUCUUCCACGUUCAAUAUCCUGCCAACGUUGAUACCUGAAGCGAACAUCUUCGAACUAUCAAAACCUCAUACCGUAGAAAUCACGAAAGAAACGAAUUUGUCCAACCUGGUGCAAUCCACGAGCGAAUGCGCUAUCGAUGUUUUUGAAAAUCCCAGCUCUUGCAUCGAUCACGAUUCAAACGAAGAGAUGAUUAUAGACGAUCGUAUGUCUGAAUCUAAUGAAUCAUCUAAAGAGACUGAAGAAAUUCUAACGAAUGCGGAACAACAACAGGAAGAUAUAACGCGCGAAUCAGAAAAGGAAGAAGAUCCGGUCUCGACAAACGUUAAAUGGGAAUCCUGUCCGAUCGCAGAAGCUGAGGUUUCGACAAAGGGGAAGUCCGAAAUUGACAUUGGAAGUGAAAGCGUCAACGACCUCAAGAAGAUCACCGAGGAUGACAGGAGGACAAUUUGCAAUGACGAUAAACAGGAUACGGCAGUUGCGAAGGACGUCUGUGAAAUUGAUGAAAGUGAGGAGACAGCAGAAAAUAAAGAAGAAUCGGAAAUAGAUGCACCAACUGCAACUGUGUCGGAAUCAGAGGUGGAUACAACAAACGCAACUUCUCAUGAAUUACAGAUGAAGGUAACGAGUGAUAAGAAACAGUCGUUAGUUGCAAAUUACGACAGCAGCGAUUCCAAUGACGACGGUAGCGAUAAUGUUUUUGAGCCAGACGUUGUAGAGCAAGCGAGUGACUCUACAGACGACGUUGCCUCUUUGACAAGACAAGAAGAGAAGAUCGAAGAUGCUCAUGAAAAGUCGACAAACAAGGAGGACAAAGUCAACAGCACGAAUCUGACACCUGACGUGCCUCUGGAACAACCGUCUGUUGAACAGCAGACAGAGAAACUUGCUGAAGUCAACGAAGCAUUGAAUUUAGACACUACAACCGCAGAACAAGACGUUAAAAUUUGCGCACAAGAAUGCACAGACGAAGCGCAAGAUAAAUCUGCUCGUAAUAACGUCGAAUGUCUUACUAACGAAUCGACAACGCCUUUAGACAAAGAUGGGCCUCAGAGAAAACUAGAUAUUUGCGAUGAAUCUGUUACCGAUCAUCCUAAACUACUGGAGGAGUCCGAUUCGAUAAAGUUUGUGGAAGCUUCAGCUGUAAUUGAUGAAACCACUGAGCCUGUUACGAGCAAGGAUACCGAGAUGACUAUUAGCCAUAGUGAGAAAAGCAAGGAGCGUCCAAAUAAUUUAAUUGACAGUGUGAAAACAGUUCAAAUGGAAACUGUGGAAAAGAUGAAUCGUUUAACAUCAGAGAACGUUCAUGAUAUUAAUGAAGAUGACGCGAAUAAAUUUGAGAAGUCUUCGUUCGCUCGUGAAAGCACGGAAUUCAACGACGUAGACAGCCAAGUUACCAACGUAUUACACGUGAAAGAGCAGCGUGCGAAAGAUCUAGACGAGAUACCGAACGUUGGUUUGGACGUCGAGAACAUUACGAAGUUGAAAGAUGCUAAUGAACGCGAUAUCGAGGAACUGCCUAUUACGCAACCUUGCAAGAGAUUGAAGGAAGAUCUCGAAGAGUAUCGUGGUAAUGACAAUAAAUGCGACGUGAAAUUAAUCGGGGAAUGUUUAACCAAACCAUCUAUGGAGGCUGUAAGCUCUCCGAUUCACGCCGAAUCGAACAUCGUUAUGUCUGUGAAAGUGGAUAAAGCGUUAAUUGCUGAUAAAUCGCACUCGUGGAAAAACGAGGACGCAAAUUUGGAAGGGAGUGUAUCGUCGGAUACCCCGUAUUAUCCGAACUCGAUAUCCUCGAAAAUGGAAAGCAUCAACAAUGUGGACAGUUGCAACAAUCAAAAUGAGCCUUUUAAUAUAAAUGUAAAUAAGAUUGCUGAAAAUUUUAAUAAAAAUUCGGCUUCUGGUGCGAAUGACGAAUCGAUCACGCUUCUUACUCAAGAAACCGUUUCGGAAACUGGUACUAUCAAAUCCGACUUGAAGAAAGAAGCUAGCAAGCGGCUGAACGACGCGUCCGACAUAGAAGGUGUUCCUCCGAUCAAGUCCAAACCUCCAUAUUUGGAGACCGAAGAGAAGACGUUGGAAAACUUAGUAAAUACCGAUGUGCAAGCGCCUAAAACUUUAAACACGUUCAACGAGAUUGCGAGAUUAGAGGCAAAAGUUGAAGAUGAAAAACCACCGGCGAUCUCCACAGUGCAGUUGUUUCAAAACGAUUUCAGCACAGUAAACGAUUCCGCGGCUGUCGCACCAACAGAUAAUUCGAAGAAGAUCGGAAGCUUGGAAACGUCGGAGGAGAAAGAAUCCUCGGAGAUCCAGAGUAUUGAAUUGAAAACGAUACACGAGAUUUCCGACGAUUCGAUGGGUGCGGACAAUGAGAGUGUCUUUAAUGCACCGUCAGAGGAAGUCGAUCCUUUAGCGUGUACCGAUGACGACGCUCUGAAGAAUAUCGCCGAAGAAGAAACCACUUCCAAGAUAAGCAUUCGUGUGAAACCGGUGUCUGAACUGGUUUACGAAGGAUGGAAGUUGGACAACACUACGGAGAUCCCAAAGAUCUCACGAAAGCGACGUAAUAGCGCUCAUGAGUCGAAUUCCGAAGAUGGCGUUACGAAACAAGAGGAGGAGGAGAUGAUGGGCGGCAAAAGGAUGAAGUUACGCGGAAAACGCAUGCCCGACAAGGAACUACGGAAGUCCAUCGAGGAAAGUCGAGUGAUAGCUAUAAGCUCCGAAGAUGAAGCUGCGAAAUGCGAGGUUUCUGAGAAAGCACCGCAACACGUCAAUAAAGAUAACAACGACGAUCCGAAUAUAAUACAUGCAACGGUGAUCGACAGAAAGGCCAGGGGUCGUCCCAGAGGCAGACGAAGGCGCGGUUUUCGGAGUGCCGGGCGACCCAGUCGGCCAAAAAUCACAGGAUUUCAGGGCGAUCAAGUAUCUGUUGGUAUUCAUCCCGAUGGGACUCCAAAUGACGCUUUGAACAUGGCACCAACGACGCAAAAGAGGAGGAAGAAACGAAAAAUGGUUCUGGGCUUAGAAAUAGGUAGAGACAUUGCAUUGGAAACUGAAGCAUCAAUGAUGCAGAAUGAAACGCCUGUCAGACAAUCAAGAAGAAUAGCGCAGUUGAAAAUCAAGGAGCAAGCAGACAGACGUAGGAUCGAGGAGGAAUCCAUGCGCGAGUUGGAAGAAAAAAAGGAAUCUGACAAGAAGAAGAGAAGGAAGCAGAAGACGGAAAGCGAAGACGAAGUUAUCAUAAAAGAAAUUGAAAAAGAGAAAAAGUCCAAGAAGAAGCGACGAAAGAGGAAAAAGAAAAAGAUGCUGACAAAAUUCAACGAAGCGAAUCCAUGGCAGAGUUCAUCUGGAUCUAGCAGUGAUGAGGAAAAUGAAAAUGAGGAUGAGGAAGAAGAAGAAGACAUGGAGAGUGAGGGAUCUUUGCUGUUUAAAAGUGAUCACGAGUUUUCUCCGGAGAGCGAUCUUGAAAAGGAUCAAGAGUCAGAACCGUUGAGACGUGCGAGAACCGCUCAAAAGGCCCAAAGCGACGUCGAAGAAGCAGAGGAUGAAUACGCUUGUCAAAAAUGUAGCAAGGCUGAUCAUCCUGAAUGGAUCCUAUUGUGCGACUCGUGCGAUAAAGGUUGGCAUUGCUCAUGUCUCAGGCCAGCCCUUAUGCUCAUACCUGAAGGUGACUGGUUUUGCCCGCCGUGUCAGCAUAAUUUACUAGUAACAAAGCUGCGGGAAACCUUGAAAACAUACGAUCAGUUAACAAAGAGACACGAAAACGAAGCACUGCGGAAGAAACGAUUAGCAUUUGUCGGCAUAAGCUUGGAUAACGUGCUUGGACAAGGUGACACGACACAGCGUUUGUCGAAAGGAUCGAAAGCAUCCAGUCAAGAAUCGGAUAACGAAUCUACGUCUUCUACAUCGGCCUCCUGUUCAGAUACAUCGAGCAGCGAAGAAAGUGAACCAGUUUAUCAAUUACGUGAACGUCGAUGCGCCAGCACCUACAAAUUUAACGAAUACGAUGACAUGAUCAAUGCCGCGAUUCAGGAUGAGGUCGAAGCGGUCCAAGGUGCUGGUAAUCAAGGAAGAGGCAAGGACAUUGCGACUAUAGUUAACGCAGAAAAAGAAGAGGCUCAGGCCGAAGCGUUAAAGAUGACACAAUUAGAAGAAGACAGGGAUGAUAUCGAGAGGAAAUCGGAAAAAGAAAGCGACGAAGAAUAUAAAAUCGAAAACGAAGAUAUAAUCGACGAAAUAGAGGAAGAAAAAAAUAGAGUUGCUAAAAAGUUAUUGGCGCGUAAGAAACACCGGAAACUAAACAGCCUUGAUAUAAGCAGCGAAGAUGAUCCUGAGAGUGAUGAGGAUUUCAAAGGUUCAAGUUCUGAUGAUGAAGAGGACUUUGACGAUCAUAUCACGUCAUCUGACGAAAGUACCUUUGCCAAUAUGAAACGACGUGGUAGGAAGGGCGAACUACGUCCCGUUAGAAGAUCUACCAGAGCGCGCAUGACCAGAGGUUACGACGAUGAUUUUAUUAACGAUGACAGUGAAGAAAGUGAUCGACCCAAGCGGAAAAAAUCGCGAUCGAUGUGGGGGGAUUCGGACAGCGAAGACAGUGAUAAUUCGUGGAGGCAAAGAAAGAAAAAAAGUAGAACAAUGACGACGUCUAGGAUCAGAACAAUACCGAAAACAAAAGGGAAAAAGAAGAAAAAGAGAAAACGUAUAAUAGAAUCUGACAAUCAGAGUGAGAACGACGAAGAAGAUGAGCCAAAAGUCGAAGAACAAUGUGAGCCAAACUUGCAAGACGUAGAUACUACUGAGACAAACGAGACGAUGAACGUUAAUAAACAGGAGAAUUUUGAAAAUAUAAUGGAUGAAAAUAAUGUUGAAAUGAAGGAUAAAGGGUUACAAGAAGCAACCUCAGAGGUUGCACAUGUCCCACAAGUUCCAGAACCGCAAGAGAGAGUGCCAAUCCAGAAAAUAAAAAAAGACGUUGCGCCUAAACCGAAAAAAGUCCCAACUAUACGACGUAAGAUUAUUUACGGUGGACUUCCAGACGAGAACAAGCAAGAGGAGGAGGAAAUAUUAAGCAGAAGGACUCGAGGGCGAAAAAUCAAUUAUCGAGAGGAGAUGGCAUCAGAUAGCGAGGAGGAACUCAAGAAGGCGCUAAUGAUGAGAAAGACUGGGGAAAGCGAAGAUGAGUUUGUGGUGAAUGAGGCUGAUGAAAUAAACGAUGACGGGGACAAGGAUUCUGACUCAGGAGACGUUUAUAUUCCCAAGAAAGACGCUCUAAAAUUUAAACACAAGUCACCAAAGGCGAAAAAACCGCGAAACAGCAAAAGUCCCGCAGCGAAGCGUAAGUCGAUAUCAGACGACAUGCCAAAGCAAAGAAAGAAACCAGGGCCAAAACCGGGCAGCAAGAACAAAGCGCGUAAAUUGAUGAAACAGAAGGAAGAACCAGACGGGGAUAUAAUCGGCGCGGUCAUGGACAAUCCUAUUAGCGAUAUAGCCUCUAAGAUGGAUGAUAAUCUUCCGGACAACGUCGGACUGACUGGUACGACAAUGUCGGUGGCGAGUUCGUUCGCUGGAGACGUUCCAGAAGGUUCACUGACAGGACUUGGUGCUGGAGAAUUGGCCGAUUUGGACGACGAGCAACUCGAGCAAAUGAUGAUGGAGGACGAGGAAUAUGGCCGACGACAACUUGAGCUCGCUGCGAUCGAGAUAGCGAAGAAGAAGAAGAAAGAGGAACGAGAAGCCAAAAAAUUAGAAAAAGCGCGCUUGAAAGCUCUGGAAAUACUUGCGGCAGAGAGGCAAAGAGAUGCUAACGCGCCCGAAGGUACGGAUGGCGAGAUACCGAAAAAGAAGAAACGCGGCCGACGUAGUAAGGCCGAGAUAAUCGCUGAGCAGAUGCGCAGAGACGGUGCUCCGGAUCUAGGAAUAACCAGUAUGGCACCUGCGGUCAGCGGCGGUGUUACCCCGGACGGUGCUAGUGGUGGUGUCUCGCACAACAUGAAUCCCACUUUGUCUACAGUUCUGACGCCGGACACUGACAGGAGUGCCGAAGGGGCACACAUUCCUCUCAUGACUGGACCGGAUGGACAACUCUUCAACCCUGACGGAUCGCCGAUGAAGCCGAAACGACGCGGACGAGGUAAAGGUAAGAAGACAUUGGCAUUGGAGGCGGCCAGAGCAGCUGAGGCGGCAGCCAAGGCUGCAGCUGAAGCUGGUUUGAUCGGUAUGGGGACCGAUUCAAAUCCGGAAAUGAAGCAGAACGAUAUCCCCAACGUUCUUCCCACGCCAGGCAGCAGUACAUCUGGCUCAGCACCUUCCACACCGCCGGCGAACACCGUGCCGACUCCAGGUCCACCCUCGACGCAAUCCUCGAACUCGCAGCCUGUUUAUCCGUCGCUUCCGCCUGGUCAACAGUCUUCCGUCAUCACGAGGAUGCUUCAGUCACAGCCGGUAUCCAGUAGCCCGCAAUCGUUCACUGUUGCAGCGGCUGCAAUGGGUCACAAGUACUUCGGCGCACCCAACGCGGGCGGACAGAUGAUGGGCGGGCCGCGAACAGGAUACGAGAUGCAACCGCGCGCCAGGAUCCCAUCUCCAUACCGGCAAGCGGGUCAAUCUUCUAUGCCGCCGCAUUUCGCUGCAGUGGGGACGGGAACACCGACAAUGCGUAUGCGAGUACCCGGACCGCAGAUGUAUCACACCGGUCGCCAUCCUAUGGAUCCAUCGCCGUCGGGCGGUGGACCUAUUUCCAUCAACAGGGAUCGCAGUUCUCCAUUGACACCCGGACCGGCGAUGAUUCCGCCAUCAGCCGGCAGUCCAUUAGCUAAGGGAGGACCCACGCCACCGCCACCACCGCCGCCAUACGUGCGAGGUGGUCCGUCGAUGGCUAGGUUUGCGGAUAGUCCCAUGGGACCCAGGCAUCAGAUGCCGCCGUUCACCAACGCAUCACCUGUUAAUCACAACAUGCAGCAACCUUCACCACCACCCAGUCGACCACCUGGUAAUUUCUCGCCUUAUCACCCACCGCCGCCUCCUAACUACCAUUACGGCGCGUAUCCGCCGCCACCACCGAUGUCUACAGCGGACGACGCAGCCGCCUAUCAGACUUCGCCGUAUCCUUCGGAGCACUUUUCCUCUCCGGCGGACAAUCAACCGCCGAUUCAGGCACCGCCGCCCCAAGUACCACCUCCGCAACAGGCGCAUCCAGGCGAUCCUGGCGCCGGCAACAAACAAUACGAUGAGGAAGGCACUGGCGAGUUCGGCGGGCUGGUAUCUUACUUUAGUAGCCAGAGGGAGGACGAUCUUGAUUCGUAGCAUGAGUGAGAGCUUGGCCAACCCUGAAUCGUUAGCUAGGGUCUAGAAGCGCGCGUUUACCGCGCUCUUUCAUGCCCAGGUAUAAGAUCGCAACUUUUGCUGAAGAGGCAUGCCAGUAACGCCGCGAGAAACAGCGUAUAGGUAACGCAUGAACGAUUAUCCGGAGGACUCGUCGUGGAUAUAUCGCGCGCGAUGCCCGUUCGUCGCGGGGAUAACGCGGGUACAUGUGUACGCGCGUGCGCUUACAAAAGACAGAGCCGCAGUCUUCCUCUUCGACCUCUAACAGCAAACAGUUGUCUGUAGCCUUUGCACUUCUUUGUGGAGAAGAAAGCCGCCGGAAGCAAAUCUAUGGUUGGCCAAGUGUAGAGCGAGCGGACAGAUAAAAAUUUCGGUGCGACGAAGGGCGAAGCCUAUUUUCUAAGAGUUGUAACUUUUUCUGUAAUUAGCUUUUCAGUUUGACCUGACAAUUUAUAUGACGUGCACGACCGCGCGUGCUACAUAAUACAACGGCAAUGCGGUCGUGCCGUCCGAGAGACGACCAGACAAAAGAUCUGACCAGAACUUUUUCACCAUUAUUCGUUGCUAAAUCGUCAGACGGAGUCAUUUCGAGCGGAGUUACUUCCGAGAGCGAUUUUUAAAAGUGAGAAGAGUAGGCUACUAUAGUAGUCGCAUGCCCCGUUGCGGGGAAGGAAAAGAAAUCAGUCUUCAAUAGCAACGAGAAGGGAGUAAAAAUUAUCGCAUGUGGCUUGGACGAUGCAUUAUUGUUAACGUGUACAUAUGUAAAUACCGUAAGUCCUUUAGAUUAUAUAUUACAUGUAUUAUAUAUAUACACACACAGAACACACACACUCACAGUCAUGCAGAAUACUAUAGAAGUGGAUUAGUGCGCAAAGGGCACAAAUGUAAUAUUUAAAUUUAAUCCAAAAAAGGAUGGCAUCUUUGAGUAUAAUAAAUUAACAAAUGGUGUGAA